AUGUCUGAAGCUACCGCACAACAUACGCAGACCGCGCCGAAUGGGAAGGCCCCAGAGGCCGAGCGCGAACCCCAGCAUCAACAGCAAGAAGCUGGCCCUGAGGCCUCUGGCGUCGGCUUUCGUCCUCAUCAUGACCUCAUCAGUGUCCAGCCCGCUCGUCUAGAUGACUUGCAGCCUAGAUACGCACAGGUACUUCUGCCCGAUGAAGAAAAUCCUGCUGCCCAUAGCUGGUACUCUGGCUUCAUUCAUGGGCUGGGAGAGAUCAUUGGUACCUUGGGAGCCAUACCCUGCUGUAUCUGCUGCCCUAAUCCUUUUACGCCCGUUAACCAGGGUCAAGUCGGACUGGUGACCAAGUUUGGUCGUUUUGAGCGUGCAGUUGAUCCCGGCCUCGUAAAGGUCAACCCUCUCAGCGAGAACCUGACAACUAUUGAUGUCAAGAUCCAAAUCGUCGAGGUGCCGCGUCAAGUCUGCAUGACCAAGGAUAACGUUACCCUCCACUUGACUUCUGUCAUCUACUAUCAAAUUGUCUCUCCGCAUAAGGCUGCUUUUGGUAUUACUGAUAUCCGUCAGGCAUUGGUUGAGAGAACUCAAACUACUCUGCGCCAUGUCGUCGGUGCUCGUGUGUUGCAAGACGUUAUUGAACGUCGCGAAGAAUUAGCCCAGUCUAUCGGAGAAAUUAUUGAAGGUGUUGCUGGAGGAUGGGGUGUCCAGGUUGAGUCCAUGUUGAUCAAAGAUAUCAUCUUCAGCAAUGAGCUUCAAGAGUCCCUAUCGAUGGCUGCUCAGUCCAAGAGAAUUGGUGAAAGUAAAAUCAUUGCUGCGCGUGCGGAAGUUGAGGCUGCCAAGCUUAUGAGAGCUGCAGCCGAUAUUUUGUCUUCUGCCCCAGCAAUGCAGAUCCGAUAUCUUGAUACUAUGCAGGCUAUGGCCAAGAGCUCGAACUCCAAAGUUAUUUUCCUCCCUGCUGCCAACAACCAGGCCGCCAUGCAAGCUGCCAUUGCUAAUGAGGCUGGAGAAGGGUCCAGCCGCCGUCACGAGAACCCUUUUGAGCAGGACGGGCACAAUGGCUUCCAGACUGCCAUGAACGCUCAUGUCGUGGAGAACAUUUAA